AUGGCUCUGCAGGAUGUGUGCAGCUGGCAGGCUCCUAACACCCAAGGACCAUCACCUCACCUGCCUCAGGCUGGUGGCUGGGCCGUGCCACAGGGCUGCGAUCCUCAAACCUUCCUACAGAUCCAUGGCCCCAAGCUGGCCCAUGGCACCACCACCCUGGCCUUCCGCUUCUGUCAUGGAGUCAUUGCUGCGGCUGACACACGCUCCUCCUGUAGCAACUACGUGGCUUGUCCAGCCUCACGCAAAGUCAUUCCUGUGCACCAGCACCUCCUGGGCACUACCUCUGGCACCUCCGCCGACUGCGUCACAUGGUACCGGGUGCUACAGCGGGAGCUGCGGCUGCGGGCACUGAGAGAGGGUCAACUGCCCAGUGUGGCCAGUGCUGCCAAACUCUUGUCAGCCAUGAUGUCCCGCUACCGGGGGCUGGAUCUAUGUGUGGCCACUGCCCUGUGUGGUUGGGACCGCUCAGGCCCUGCUCUCUUCUAUGUCUACAGCGAUGGCACUCGCCUGCAGGGGGACGUCUUCUCCGUGGGCUCUGGAUCUCCCUAUGCCUAUGGUGUGCUAGACCAAGGCUACCGCUAUGACAUGACCACCCAGGAAGCCUAUGCUCUGGCUCGCCGUGCAGUGGCCCAUGCCACCCGCCGUGAUGCCUAUUCAGGGGGUUCUGUGGACCUUUUCCAUGUGCAGGAGAGUGGAUGGGAGUACGUGUCUCAUGACGAUGUCUGUGUGCUGUAUGCGGAGCUGUGGGAGCCCCGGAAGGCGGAGGAGGAGGCCAGCGAGGCCCCACCCUGAGCCUGCCACUCUCCGCAGAGCUGGGCCAGGUAGAGAACUCUCUGUGUAGGCCACAGGAGGCAGCACCAGGAGACUCCAGGAUGCCAGCAGAGACGGAGAGG